AUGAACGGAGAGCGUCAAUUCAAGGACUCGCUUAGGACAUUCAAUAGCGGGAGUGGUCAUGCUCCAACGGGCCAAUCCUCUGCACCUUGGUACACGUCGUCCGCCUCAAGAACUGCACAAAUCCGGGAUGCAGAGCAAAGGCAAGGUUUAUUGGGCGGCUUCCGUGAUCGUCUCAAUGGGCUCACUGGCGCCCAAGAAACAAGUGAUGUCGACUGGUUUGGACUGUCAUUGACUCAGCGUCUAGUCGGAUUCGGUGUAUGCUUACUCCUCGCUGCAAUAUGCUUCCUCUUGGCAUUCUUUGUUGGACUGCCACUCAUGGUCAUAUCACCAUCAAAAUUCGCAGUACCAUAUACAUUUGGAUCUAUCUUAGCGAUGGCCUCGUUUGCACUACUGAGAGGACCAGCCACUCAUUUAAAAAACCUGUUUUCACGAGAACGUUUGCCUUUUACCGGAUUGUAUUUCGGUAGUAUGGCAUUGACGUUGUAUUUCAGUAUGGGAUUACAUUCUUAUCUAGGCACCAUCUUCACGGCUGUGAUACAAAUUAUAUGUCUAUUAUACUUCCUUGGCUCAUAUGUGCCAGGAGGAACUGCUGGUCUCACAUUCCUAGGACGUAGCGCUACUAGUGCGAUUUCCAGGGGAAUGGUCUAG